CUUAAGAAUCAUUAUAUAGACCAACUUAGUACUUUCUAAGAUAUCUUUCUCAAUGGCUUCGAUGUGCUUUUUUUAUAAUUCAAUUCUCCGUUACAACUACAAUCAUAGAAAAACUAGAUCUUUUCACAUUUGUAAACACUUAUGUUCAUUACAAUCGACAUCAACAGUCGUCAUUGCAGCUGAGUCCUUUGUUAGACGAUCUGCAAAUUAUAAGUCAUCACUAUGGUCCUUUGAUCAAGUUCAAUCGCUCUCUAGCAAAUACAUAGGAGAAGAGUACACGGCAACAACACGUACUUUAAAGGAAGUUGUGAAAACGUUAAUAUACAAUGUGGGAAAUCCAUUAGGCACUCUGGAGCUGGUUGAUGAGUUGCAGAGACUCGGGAUAUCAUAUCAUUUUGAGGAUGAAAUAAGUGAAGUGUUGGAGAUGAUUUACUACAAUUACUACAAAACUCACAACAAGUGGAAUAGCAUGGAUUUGAACGUUAAAGCACUUGGCUUUCGACUACUAAGACAACAUGGUUAUCAGGUUCCCCAAGAGAUAUUUCUCAACUUUAAGGACAAGACUCAAAAUCUAAACCCACAAUUACUUGAGGAUAUGGUGGCAACGCUGAACUUGUACGAGGCUUCUUAUCAUUCAUUCGAGGAUGAAAGCAUAUUGGACGAUGUUAGAGACUUCACAACCAAAUAUCUCCAAGAAAAUUUAGAGAAACUUGAUGGAAAUAUAUCAUCGUUAGUAACACAUGCGUUGGAGCUUCCGUUGCAUUGGAGAGUACCAAGGGUAGAGGCGAAAUGGUUUAUGGAAGUAUAUGAGAAAAGAAGCGGCAUAAAUCCCACAUUGAUAGAGCUUGCAAAACUGGAUUUUAACAUGGUCCAGGCUAUCCACAUCGAGGAUUUAAAACACUCCUCAAGGUGGUGGAGAAAUAUAAGUUGGGAUAAGAAGUUGAGCUUUACUCGAGAUCGGUUGGUGGAGAAUUUUUUGUGGACUGUUGGUGUUAGUUACCUACCUCGCCUUAGCAAUGGAAGGAGAACGUUAACUAAGGUUAAUGCCAUAAUUACUACUAUCGAUGAUGUCUAUGAUGUAUUUGGUACUUUGGAUGAACUUGAACAAUUUACCGAUGUUAUCAGCAGAUGGGACCUCCAUGGGAUAGGAGAACUUCCAGAUUAUAUGAAGAUAUGUUUCCUUGGAUUCUAUAACUCGAUAAAUGAGAUUGCAUAUAACACCUUGACAAACACAGGAUUCUUAAUCCUUAAACACCUAAAGAAAGCAGUAAGUAAUCCUUCUUCUUCGUAA